UGACUCUUAUCAAUGGAGUGAAGACGUUUGUUGUGAGAUUUGUUUCCUAUUAUUUCGCCUUCCGUCGUUUUAACUCUAUGUGAUGUAAAUAAACUAGUAAAAAAAAUCUUUUAUACUUCACGACUAGGUAGUGAUUGUGGAUUUUUUUAGAGUUUAGAUGGAGAAAUAGUAGAAUGUUUCUCAAACGUAUAUUAGUGCCUCUGUUCUGCCUUGGAAUAGAAGUUUCUCGGGUCCUGGGCGAGGAGGUGGAGAUUCGGCAAGUGGCCGCAGACAAGGGUACGAAUGUAACCAUUCCUUGUGGCGGUCUGCUGAAGCUGCCAACUAACGUCCAGUGGGUCUACAGAGGCAACAGAACUCACCAUGAAGUAUUGGGAGAUGGUAGCCUGCUCCUCAAAAAGGUCGGUGUCGAAGAUGAAGGGCUAUACGAGUGCAGUGUGGAGAAUGAAACCGCUUACGUUGAUAGAGUCAAUCUCACAGUCAGAACGGAACCUCCACCACUAGUCAACGUGACGGUACACGCGUCCACCAUCCUCGCUAUUAUCCUAUGGAACGUGGCAGGCGACGGUGGUCAUCCAAUCAUGGACUUCACCGCGCAGUAUCGAUCAGCAGCUCCCGUCAACGACAGCUUGGAACCCUGGCGGCCUAUCAGCCCUAAUCACAUCAGCCCGAACUCGAGACAAAUCGACGUUUACCACUUAGAACCGAACGCGUCGUAUUGGUUCAGAGUUUGGGCGAACAAUGUCUUGGGGCCCGGACCCCCGGUGGAGGUGCUCGCGACAACGCUGUACAGCGACCAGGAAGCAGAGCUGUACAAGCACUUCCUGGAGGGGGCAGAAACGUUCGACACUCGGACGUGGGUGGCGGCCGUCUGCGUAGUGAUGGGAACCCUGGCCGUGCUCGCGGCGGGCACGUGCGCCGUGCUCUGCCGGGAGUGGCGUCGCUCAGAAUACUCAGAGGAGCAGGACGUUAUGGAACUAGUGCCUAAUAUAAUUUUGAAUCCGGGAUUCAUGGAAUCCGAUCCCGUCCGACCCCGGGAAACGUACGCGGCGUCGAUCAUCAAGUCGACGGAGUGUCCAGGACCAGGGAAACCGAGGCGUGUCUGAUUCUCGUCUAUACUCAACCUUAGAAUAUUCUAUCUCACUGAUUCAGGCCUGUUAUCAUGAUUGUAAAGAUAAAAAUAAUAAGAGUCGGUAUGAAAUACGCGAGUUUCUAACACAGCUAUAAUUGAAAAAUGUUGCUUCUCUGCUCAAAUUAACUCAAUUGUCAGUUAGAUAGUGGCUUGUCGUUUGAUAAUUUACAAAAGAUCCCACAACUAUCAAAUCCCAAAAUUGCUUUUAACAUAUAUUAUAAAUGGUGAAAGAAAUAAUUCGUAUAUCAUAUGUCCGGGCA